AUGGGACAGGCCCUGGGCAUCAAGAGCUGUGACUUCCAGGCUGCGAGAAACAACGAGGAGCACCACACCAGGGCCAUCAGCUCCAGGCACCUCAUUGUAAGGAGAGGGCAAUCCUUCACCAUCACCCUGUGCUUCCGGGCUCCAGUCAAAGCGUUUCUGCCUGCAAUGAAGAAGGUGGUCCUAGUUGCACAAACCGGCGAGCAGCCUUCCAAGACAAACAGAACCCAAGCCACAUUCCCUAUCUCCAGUCUUGGGGAGAACACAAGGUGGAGUGCCAUGGUAAAGGAGAGAGAUGCCCAGUCCUGGUCCAUCGCUGUGAUGGCACCCACAGAUGCCAUCAUCGGCCACUACUCACUCCUGCUGCAGUCCUCCAGCAAGAAGAAAUAUCUCCUGGGCAAGUUCAUACUGCUCUUUAACCCCUGGAAUCACGGGGAUGAAGUUUUCCUGGAGAACGAGGCUCAACGCAGGGAGUACUUGUUGAACCAGAAUGGCCUCAUCUACCUGGGCACUGCGAACUGCAUCCAGACAGAGCCCUGGGACUUUGGCCAGUUUGAGAGGGAUGUCGUUGACCUCAGCCUGGACUUGCUGAGCGUGGACAAGCAGGUAGAGAAGUGGAGCAGCCCUCUGCAUGUGGCCCGGGUAUUGGGCUCCUUGCUGCAGGUGCUCCAGAAGAAGAGUGUCCUUCCUACCCUGCAGCCCCAGGUGACCCAGGAAGAGGCCUUGCUGGCCAAGCUCCGGGGCAGCGUGCCCAUCCUCCGGCAGUGGCUCACAGGCCAAGGGCGACCUGUGUUUGAAGAUCAGGCCUGGGUGUUGGCUGCUGUGGCAUGCACAGUGCUGCGCUGCCUGGGAAUCCCUGCCCGCGUGCUGACCACGUUCGCCUCAGCGCAGGGCACUGGCGGGAAUCUGAUGGUGGAUGAGUACUACAAUGAUGAGGGGCUCUGGCAUGGAGAGAGCCAGAGCGGCAGAAUCUGGGUCUUCCAGACGUCCACAGAGUGUUGGAUGGCCCGGCCUGCUUUGCCCCAAGGUUAUGGUGGAUGGCAGAUUCUGUACCCAAGUCUUCCUCAAGGAGAGAGAGUCCUGGAUGCCUGUGAGCUGGUCCCAGUCAGAGCCGUAAAGGAGGGGAUGCUAGACUUAACUCCCGGAGUAGCUGACCUUUUUGCUGCAGUAAAUGCCACUUGUGUGGUCUGGAAGUGCUAUGAGGACGGGACACUGGAGCUGACGAACUCCAACACCAAGUAUGUUGGCAACAACAUCAGCACCAAGGGUGUGGGCAGUGACCGCUGUGAGGACAUCACUCAGAACUACAAGUAUCCUGAAGGAUCACUUGAAGAACAGUUGGUGCUGGAGAGAGUCCAGAGAGAGAGGAUGGAACAUGGGAAAGACAACCGUAUCCAUCCUCCCAGUGUUGAGACUUUAGAUCCUUUGUACCUGUUCUUGGACGCACCCAGCUCCUUGCCCCUGAGAGGGGAUGCCCGGUUCUCUGUGACCCUCGUGAACCCCAGCGACCAGGAGAAGGAAGUGCAGCUGACAAUUGGGGUCCAGGCGGUGUACUACAAUGGCGUCCUUGCAGCCGAGCUCUGGAGGGAGAAGCUUCCCCUCACACUCAGCGCCAACUUGGAGAAGAAAAUAACUACCAGCCUGUCCUUCUCCUAUUUUGAGCGAAACCCCCCAGCGAACAGCUUCCUCAGGCUGACUGUCAUGGCAACACACUCCCAGACGAGCCUCAGCUGCUUUGCUCAGGAAGACAUCGCCAUUCGCAGGCCACACCUCGUCAUUGAGAUGCCAGAGGCAGCAGAGCAGUACCAACCUCUGAAGGCCUCAGUCAGCAUCAGAAACUCCCUGGGCGUUCCCCUGACGGACUGUGUGAUCUCCAUUCUUGGAAGGGGCCUCAUUCACAGAGAGAGGGCCUAUCGAUUAAGUUCGGUGCGGCCUGGGAACACCUUGAACACCCAGUUCCAGAUCACACCAACGAAAGUGGGGCUCCACAGGCUCACUGUGGAAAUGGACUGCAACAUGUUCCAGAACCUAACCAACUACAAAACUGUGACUGUGGAAGCACCUGUGCCCCCCGCUUAAAAGUUCAGCUGUUUGAUCACCCCUCUCCCACCCUUUUAUAGCAACAACCUUAAGGUCAAGCACAUGCUGGGAAGGGACACUUUCCAUCUCAGCUACUCAAUCACCUUAUUCAGUAACUAAGGCCAAACUAGAUCCCCACUCAUUUCUGUCACCCAACUUAAGGCAGCUAUGAAGACCAUAUAUCUUAGAACAGAAACCACUGGGCUUGACAGUCAGGAAGGAAGCUCUGUCUUGUUUUUGUGCAU